AUAUUGAAAGGGCUUGUGAUAUAAAAGCCAACCCAUCUCAACCAUACUUGACAGAGCUUUUCUAAAGGGAUAUGAUGAGAAGUAUCAGAAUGAGUUGGUAUCUGAUAAAUAUAAUUGUUCUGAGUUUCACGUUUAGUAGUCUUUCAGAGGCUCAGCAUGAGAAGAAGCUUCCCUCUGCUGUUGUUGUUGGCACUGUUUACUGUGACACAUGCUUCCAAGAGCAUUUCUCCAAGACUAGCCACUUCAUUUCAGGAGCAUUGGUUGCAGUAGAAUGCAGAGGCACAAGAAGUUCAACACCAAGUUUCCACAAGGAAGUGAAAACAAAUGAGCAUGGAGAAUUCAAAGUUCAUCUACCUUUCUCGGUUACCAAACAAGUCAAGAAAAUCAAGAAAUGUUCAGUAAAAUUAAUCAGCAGCAGUGAGCCCCAUUGUGCCGUGGCAUCAACAUCAACUUCAUCUUCACUCCAUCUCAAGUCAAGAAAUCAAGAAACUCACAUUUUCUCAGCUGGGUUUUUCACUUUCAAUCCUCCCAAACAGCCCAAAUUAUGUAAGGCAUUCAAUUCCAAGAAAUACUCAACUCUAUUAUCAAGUGGAAUGGUAUCUCAGCAGCAAAUUUUCAGCCCAAUUCCACAAAUACCCCUCAUCCCUUCGCCACCACCGGCUUUUGGAAUUAUUCCAUUGCCGCCAAAUCCACUUCAACCGCCUUCAAUCGUGCCACCAAACCCCCUUUUGCCUCCACCGCCUUCAAUUCUUCCUCCAAACCCGCUUCAACCACCGCCUUCAAUAUUUCCUCCUAACCCAUUUCAGCCUUCGCCGCCACUUUUCCCUCCAAUUUUACCACCUGUCCCGGUUUUAACUCCUCCUUCUCCACCACCUCCGGCAAUCCCAAUUAUUCCUCUACCUCCAGGAUUCCCUGGAAUUCCACCGGCCUCUCCCUUGCCUUGAUUAAACACACAUCUUUAUAUCAAUGAAUAAUUCUCCAAUAAUAAUGGUUCCGUUUUGUUGUUUUUUUUUUUUUGAAAAUUGUUUUGGAUAUGAUAAUGUGUUGAUCAAGUGGGACUACGUGUAAUUCAGUGGUGUCACACCACUGAACUUUCAAGUUUGGUUUAAAUAUAUAUGAAAUUUUAUUUAGUAAUUCUCGAUUUUAACAAAA